GGAUUUUGAAUAUUUGAAUUAUUCUCCAAAAUAAUGUCAAAGGAUUUACUAAAAUUACAAGAACAUUCACCUAAAGUUCUUCUGAGAAAUGAUCCACCACAGGUCACAGAUAGGACAUUCUUCAUUGACGCUUCUAAUCAAAGCCUGACUGCCAUUCCACUGGAGAUCUUGGCAUUAAAGGAAUUAGAAGAAGUGCAUUUGGAAAAUAACCAGAUUGAAGCAAUACCCGAGGACAUUCAGCAAUUAAAGAAUGUCAGGAUCCUCUACCUGAAUAAGAACAAACUGCAGGACCUGUGCCUGGAGCUGGGGACGCUGAGCAACCUGGAGGGCCUGGACCUCAGUUACAACCCCCUCCUCUCCUCUUCCCUCCCAGUCAUCAGCAGCCUCCGCUCCCUGCGGGAGCUCCGGCUCUACCAGACUGACCUGAGGGAGAUUCCCAUCCUGAUCUGCAAGAGCCUUCGCCAUCUGGAACUGCUGGGACUGGCUGGAAAUCACCUGGAAUCGCUACCGAAGGAAAUAGUGAACCAGACCAAACUAAGGGAAAUCUACCUGAGGAAAAACCAGUUCAAGGAGUUCCCGCAGGAACUCUGUGUCCUCUACGACCUGGAGAUCAUCGACCUGGACGAGAACAAACUAACUGCCAUCCCAGAGGAAAUCGGGAAUCUGACGAGGCUGCAGAAGUUCUAUGUGGCUUAUAACAACCUGACCUUUUUGCCCGAGUCUCUGGGCCAGUGUAGGAAAAUAUCAGUGCUCGAUUUAUCGCACAACCUCCUCCAUUCCAUCCCGCGUACCUUUAGUGAGCUCCUGGAGAUGACGGAAAUGGGGCUGAGUGGGAACCGCCUUGAGAAGGUGCCGCGCCUUAUCUGCAAGUGGACCUCGCUGCACCUGCUCUACCUGCGCGACACCGGCCUGUGCGCGCUGCGGCGCUCCUUUAAGCGGCUGGACAACUUGCGCUUCCUGGAUCUCAGCCAGAACCACCUGGACCACUUUCCGAAGCUGAUCUGUGGGCUGAAGAACCUAGAAAUCCUGGCGAUGGAUGAUAAUCAAAUAGGGAAGUUGCCUUUGGAGUUGGGCUUACUUUCAAACCUGAAGAUACUUGGACUAUCAGGAAAUGAGUUCUCUUCCUUCCCAGAGGAAAUCUUUUCUUUGGUGUCUCUAGAGAAGUUAUACAUGGGGCAAGACCAGGGAUCCAAGCUUACCCAAGUGCCAGAACACAUUGGGAAAUUACAGAGUCUUAAAGAAUUGUAUGUAGAGAACAAUCAUCUGGAGUUCCUGCCCGUAUCCUUGGGAACAAUGCCUAACCUGGAAGUUCUUGAUUGCCGGCACAAUUUGCUUAAGCAACUCCCAAAUGCCAUUUGCCAAGCACAAGGCUUGAAAGAGUUGCUGCUAGAGGACAACUUGCUCACCCAUCUCCCAGAGAAUUUGGACCGCCUGGUGAACCUUAAGGUUCUUACACUGAUGGACAACCCCAUGGAAGAUCCCCCCGAAGAAGUGUGUGCUCAAGGAAAUGAGGCCAUAUGGAACCACCUUAAGGAAAACAGAAGAAAGAAAAUAAUGGUCACAAAGAUCCAGGCAUGGUGGCGUGGGACCAUGGUACGGAAAGGAUUUGGGAAAUAUGAAGAACUAAUCAAAACACGAAAGAAAGGAAAGACGUCUCCAAAAGAUAAGAAAGGAAAGAAGGUGGAAAAAGGAAAACCCAUAAAGGAAAAAAAGAAAUAAUUCUUAUAAAUUAAUGAAUUGAGGUAGUGAUUAAUGGAUUAAGAAGGCAAAAUGACCAGGAAUCAGAUGCCUUCCAUGCUCAAACUUAUAGAAUUGUGGUUAUUUGUGAUAAUAAAUGAUUCCUACUUUUGCUGAAUUAUUUAUGGACAAAAGAAUAUAUCUGGGAAUGGCUUCAAAAUAAUAUGGGGGAGGAGGAAGAGAAUAGAGAUUGGCUAUAAACCAACAACUGUAAAGCAAGUGGUUGGUACUAGGAGUUUAUUUUAAUAUUAUGUCUGCUUAAAAUUUUAUUUUGAAAAAAUUAUAGAUUCACAGGAAGUUCCAAAGAAUGGUACAGGUAGAUCCAAGCACCCUUCACCCUCCCUCAAUGCUAACAUCUUACAUAAUUGUAAUAUAAUAAUAAAACUACAAUGACAUUGGUACAAUCAA